AUGAUUGGCAGUAAUGGUAUGGCCACGCUCCAGGUACUCAAUCAGGAUAAUGAAUCACAGCUUGUACCUCCAAGCAAGACCACUUUUCUCGACAUCUUGCCAUUUCAAUCACUCUGGUUAAUCUACGAACUUACUCUUCCUGCCCACACAAAUGCUGCUAGAGAACUAGUCCCAUCUGCUACACUCUGGGGAAAAACUACUAGUUGUCAUCCCUUGCAACAACUUCUAAGACGUGCUUGUGUUCAGCUUGCUGAUCUUGCUGCACCAACUGCUCUUUUUGUGAUAAGAGCUGUGUUAGAUGCUUUGUUAGAAGCAUUGAUCAUACCAUCUCCAGAUCAGAAGGAGAAUUUAGAUCCUGCUGUGUCAGUGCCUCAUGACUCAGUUCCAGUUUUAAAAACUCCAACAACUUCAACUGCACGUAUUUUAACAUUAGUUGCAUAUCUUGUAUCACACGCAUCAUUUAAAAUUCCUUUAAUGCAUGUUCUCAGAGGCAGUGUAAAAGCCGAUGAAAAAUAUGUUGAUGUUCUGACCUUAAUGCUAGAGUUAUUUAAUACUCCAUCUGAAAAAUCAUAUGUCAUCCAGUGUCAAGAAUGUGUUGUGUCAAUUUUACAAUCUCUUUGUGAUCCAGAUAUCAGUUUCAUCACUUUUGAUAGCGGAGCAUCUGUUACUGAAGUGUUAUCAAGCAGCUUGCCAUGUAAGGAGCAUAUGUCUCAAAUUUGUGGAGCUCUUAUACAGCAUAUUGGCUGCCAUCAGCAUAGUUAUUCUUCUGUACUCCCAUCAUUACGAUCUCUAGUUAUGCUAACUGAGCAUGAUUAUGGUUUCUAUCAUGUUAAACAGGGUUUAGAACAACAUCCUGGUGCUAUAUAUUCAUUGUUUACAAGAUUUAGCUUAUCAUUUAGUAAAGAUUCUAGUGAUUGUUUAUCAACAUUAUCAACAACUCUUGAGUUCUUGCGACUCAUGGUUAAUGGCUAUGAAGAUGGGGCUCAGACUGGACGUUCAAUUCUCUUAUCUCUAAGUGAACUUGCUGAACUGUUACGAUUUGAUCCUUCAGCAAAAGGUGAUAAAGACGGGACUAAAGUAUCUGAACCAUUUCAGCCUGUUGUGGAACUGGGAAAACUUCUUGCAGAAUUUGGAAAUGAUGAAGAGGCUGUAGAAAGUCUUUUGGAGAGUAUAUCAGGCUUACUAUCACUUUUAAACAGUGCUGCGGCAAAAGAACCAAAAGUUGAAAAAGAAAUUGUAGAACCAAUCUUACCUUUACCUGAAAGUCAGUCUGCUCAAUUUUCAUCUCGUCCUGUAUUCAUGGUAGGCGAUGUUGAGGAAGGUCGUCUCAGUCCUGCAUAUUGGUUAGCACUUCCUGGUGCUGAUGAUGCUGAUCAAGAACAAGAGCAGGUUCCUGUGGAUUUAAUUGCAAUAGCUGAAAAAAAUAUAGAUAAUUUUGAUUUAAAAUCAACUUUAGAAAGUUUGUGCUUGAGUACUGAUGUUGAUAGUGACCUGAAGUCAAAGAAAAAGGGUUUUGGUUCUGCUAGUGGCAAGAGAAAAUAUACACCUCUGAUAAAUCCCGCCCUUGCUGAUGUGAAUAAUAAGAGACCUUUCAUUGCUCCCAUGCGUGGCCGUGGAUUUUCCCGUGCUUCUUCUCACUCCUCUAGAGCAAAUGAUCCCUUUAGAUCUCGCCCACCCAAUACUAGUAGACCACCAUCUAUGCAUGUUGAUGAUUUUGUUGCUCUAGAGAGUCACCAUUCCGGUGGGAGUUCUCAAACUCAGGCAAAACGCCCUCCAAAGGAAGGUUCACGGGGAAGAGGGCGAGGCUUUGAGCGUAAUCAAGUGUUCCCUUCAACCCGAGGAGCUGGUGGACGCUUUUUCAGUCCUCCUGGGCCUUAUGGUAGAAGAGAAUCUAAUAGAGGAGGGAAUCGAGGGACAACUCGCAUUUCAAACAAUGCUUGGGGUAAUCGAUCGAAUCCAAAUUCCAGUCAGAAGUUGUCUCCUGGACCUGGCCAGAGAACUAACUUUGGUAGCCAUAGAUGUGAUUAUAAUUCACCAUUUAACCAAGGCGAAAAUCGUCCAGCAGGACAACGUAACAGAGAUCCUUAUAAUGACAUGAGCAGACCAUCAAACAUAAUUCCUUUGGGUAGGUUCUCCAGAGGUUUACGUGCUGGCGGAGGUAUGGGCCAAACAGGACAAGGACAUUGGCAAGAUAAUAGGAACAAAGCCCAGAAUCAAAGAUUUAUCACACCUGGAACUUCAAGCAGAGGAGGCGGACGCAGGGACAUGAAUGCAAGGCACAAUCGGUCAUUUACACGAUAGUGCCAAAGACUUUUAUUUUAAAAUGUGAACGGGUUGCUGACAUAAAGAACUGUGAAGAUGAAGAAUGUCUUUGAAAAAUGAGUACAUAUCAGUAGUAAAUAAAACUGCUUUUCGUGUUUGCA